GCCAUUAAACGCCCAUAACCUUACGCCGAAACAUUAUAAUGGCCGGUCGCGUUGCCCCUCCCAAGGCCAAGAAGGCACCCACGCCCAAGAAGGCGGUAAGCACUGGGAUGGAACGAGUCGAUGCCACUGAGUUAGGACUUGGGUCCGUUGAAUGUCGGUCAAAGUUCAUCCGGCGUGUUGACCGAACUGCUCGCGCUCGCGCGCAGUCGCGCGCGAUUUGCUUUGCUUGUGGGUUGUGCCGGAAAUGCCUCGAAUAUGACAGUGUAUUACUGAUGGCAGCUUACAGUAAGCUCCUAUUGGUAACUCGCAAGGCGGGCUAACGGCGAACCGCGAUGGCUCAUGGCUACACCCGAACAGGCCCCCAAGAAGGCUGCCCCAGCGCCUAAGAAGGCUGCCGCUCCCAAGAAGGUGGCUGCCCCCAAAAAGGCGGCUGCUCCCAAGGCCAAGGUGGCUGCCAAGCCCAAGGCUGCUCCCAAGGCCAAGGCCGCUGCCAAGCCCAAGGCCGUGGCCAAGCCCAAGGCCGCCGCAAAGCCCAAGGCUAAGGCUGUUUCUAAGCCCAAGGCCGCUCCCAAGCCCAAGGCUGCCGCUAAGAAGCCGGCGACCCCCAAGGCCAAGGCCACCCCCAAGCCUCUGAAGGCGAAGGCUGCCAUCAAGAAGACAGCGCCCCCCAAGCCCAAGAAGUCGCCCAAGAAGCCGGCGGCCAAGAAGGCGGCCCCCAAGAAGUAAGCUGGUAGCUGUCAAGGCGGCUGGGAGCUGUGGGCCAAGCAACGGUAGCAGCGGCCCAAAACCUGCCGCGGCUUUGGCCUGCCCCGGUGGGCGGACGACGACAAGAGGCCAAGUGGUCAAAACCGGUGUUUU